AACUAGCUUCUUUCUGAUAUCGCCUUUCUUCUCCUUCUCUCUUGUCUCCUCCCUUAUCCUCUUCUUCCUCAUCGUCCUCCACCACCACCGCCACCACCACCUCCUCCUCUCUUCGAUCACCUUGAUCCUCCUCGACCAUGUCCGCAGCGACGCGAUUACCGGCAGUGGCAGGCGCUCUCGCUGUCGUCGGAGGGGCCUUCGCAUUCCUCUCGCACCCGACUGUGCAGCACUUCUUUACUGAGCGUUUCGGCUCCAAGGCUGGGUCCACCAUGCUCAAACUCUGCGCCGCCGCCUUCGCGUUGGCCAACCUCAAAAACGUGCCUGGCUUCUGGCACAUCCGCGUCCUUCGAGGGAUCAUCUACCAAAUAUAUUUCAACAAAAAGCACGCGAUACCUCCGAAACACAUCUUUGCGCCGCUCAUUACACAGUCGAGGAACACGCUAUGGGACUGCGACUACAACAUCCACAAGAGCAACAGCACCUAUUUCGCCGACUUGGACGUUGCGAGAGCCCACACUGUGGGCGCCAUCAUCAGAACCGGCUUGGCUAGACUCAAUGCAGGAGACCAGGAAGGACUUCCCAAGAGCAAUGUUGAAGCCAAAGGGAAAUACGUGGUGGCUUUGGGCGCUGUUUCCUGUUUCUUUCAGAGACAAGUUGAACCUCUUCAGGCAUUCGAGAUAUACACGCGAGUUCUGAGUUGGGACCGGAAAUGGCUGUAUAUGGUGUCGCAUAUCGUUCAAAAGGGGAAAAUCAAGCCAGACAGCUAUGUGUUGCAGCCUUGGAAGAAUCGAAAGGGAGGGCAGCAGAAGACCAAGGCGGGAGAAGAGGAUUUGACCAAGUACAUCUUUGCUACCAGUGUGGCCAGAUAUGUGUUCAAGAAAGGGAGAUUGACCAUCAAUCCCGAGAUUGUGCUGGAGAGAUCGAGACUACUGCCUGCGAGGCCAGCAGGAGUCGGCUUUCCGCCGAGAGCGGAGGCUGGAGAAUCACAACUCGAUCCCACAGCGACGCCGUUCAAUCCUGCGACACCAGCGGCAAACUUGGGGGAGAGUGCGGUGCUUGUGGGAGACGAGCUCGAGAGCAAGCUUCAAGGGGUUCCAAGUCAGGCUACCGACGAUGAUGCGUGGACGUGGGAUGAUAUGGAGAAAGAACGUCUGAGAGGAUUAGAGCUUGCAGGCCAUUUCGAUGCCCUCAACGCUUGUCAUGGUGAGCUGAGAGCAGGGGAUGUAUUGGGCAAGUAUAAUGAUUAUUGGUGAUGAAAGAAGACGGGAGAGGGCGAUUUACAUGAAUUAUAGGUAGACAAGAUACCCGCUAGAGUCCACCAGAACUGGACAUGUACAAAUGCACGAGAAGAUAUCGAAGCUACGCUUGUAGAAUAGGAACCGACCUCGUCUCGUUUGAGUUCGAAUGAGCUGUGCUAGAUCUGGUCGAAGUGCGAAGCUUCUAUCUGAAUCUUGUACCACAACUGCCACGACUUGAAGCUCACCUUCGAGCGAUCACUCGAUUGCUCUUUGCUCUCUUUUCGAUGCUUUGUUUGCAGCGUAUCAAUGCCACGCCCCGACUUCGCAUUCUCCUUCGACCUUUCUCGACAAAC